AUGUCGCUGUCCGGUUUGGACUGGGAUACCACACCGGCGUUGGCGCCGCCAGAGGGCGAGCAUACUGAUUUUGUGAACCAUCCGUAUGAUGGUGGGAGGUUCAUCAUUGUCAAUAUCAUCUUCUUGAUCAUAUCAUUUUCUUCCAUUCUCGUCCGCUUAUGGACGAGGAUAUUCAUUGCCCGGGGCUUUCGGUUGGAUGACGCUAUGUUCGUGCGUUAUAAGUGGCGUGACGCUGGAGAUGCUCAACUGGGGACUCGGCGUCCACAUGUGGGAUGUCCCUCUAUCCCACCUCUCGCCAUGGUUCAUGAAGCCGCUAUCAUCUACUGCGCAGGCACCGGCUUCCUGAAAUGCUCGGUGCUGCUGUUCUACGUGCGCAUCUUCCCCAGCCGCAACUUCCACAUCGUGGUCUGGGUGCUCGUCUUCAUCGCGGCCGGGUACAGCCUCGCCAGCGUGUUGGCCAACGUGUUUAGUUGCAACCCGAUCGCGAAAUCGUGGGAUAUGCGCAUCGAGCGCGGCUCUUGCAUGGACCGGCCGACGUUUUACUUUUGGAACGCCGGGCUGGGGAUAUUCACCGACUUUGCCACGGUUCUCGCUCCUGUACCCUGGCUGCGACGACUGCAGAUGCCGACGCGGCAGAAGAUUGCCGUUGGCUGUAUUCUAGCCACGGGUUGCUUUGUCGGCAUCGUGAGCUGCGUUCGUCUAUCUAGUCUAUACAUCCUCCAACACACCACUGACCUAACCUGGGCUACGACGAACGCCUUGAUGUGGUGUGUGAUCGAGCUCAACUUAGGAAUCUUCGGCGGCUGCGUAACAGCCAUGCGACCGUUCAUGCGCCGCUACUUCCCCCGCCUGCUGGGCCUAUCGUCCUACAACACCGACAAAUACCCCUCGCAAAGUCGCGGAAACUCGCUCCCCCUCCACUCGAUCCCUCGCAGCACCGACCCGAAGUUCUCGAACCACGGACACCAGUACUCGAUGGCGUACAAGUCGGCGCUGGACAACUCGAGCGAAGAACAUAUCCUGUCGGGCGGUGCCGGGCCAUCCCAAGGCACAGGCAAGGAAUUCGACGGGAUCGUCCGAACGGUGGAGUUCGACAUCAAGAAAUCGGGGGUCGACUCUCGAGAUACGCGAGAAUCAUGA